AUGGGUGACUUGUCUGGAUUCAUGGACAAAAUCCAUGACCUCGUUCCCAUGGAUCAACAAUCGGAGCUUCUGCCAAAAAUUUCAGAAGGGAAGUUUACCUUACGGAUUAUGUAUGAGCAAUACCAGAAUGCUCUCAAAAUAGGUCCCAUUGGCCAGGCAUUGUCAAUGCUUCCAGGUUUUAGCACUGAAUUCAUGCCUACAGGCCAUGAAAAGGAAGGAAAGGCCAAGAUUAAGCACUUCAUGAUCAUGAUGGAUUCAAUGACUGAUGAAGGCAAGUAG